AUGGGUCGGCUCGACCGGAGCGAUACCACGGCCUCACAGAAUACCGACGUGAAACAAAUGGUAAGCAAUCAGCGCCGCCCAUGGACAUCCGCAACACCAAAGGAGUUACGAGUGCGUUGCCGGUCUUUUGGGGACAGGGGUUGCGGAUAUAAGGAUUGGGAAGGGAUAGGGGAAGAGGAGGGAUUGGGCCUCCGUUACGAUACUCGAGUGCCAGGCCCAUCAGCGCAUUGGGUGGACGAGGCCUACGUCGGGCGAGCGCACUGGCACAGCGCGCCCAGUGCUGGGCUGAAAAUGUUAGAAAUCAAAGGAAGAGAUCGCGCCAUCUACCGGUGUCGCGUGGACUUCCAUGUAUCUCCAACCAGAAACUAUAAGAUUGCACUUGAUGUCAUAGGUCGGCAAACGAGCAAGCGACCUGACGGUAAGCAAUCAGCGUCGCCCACGUACACCCGCAACGACGCGACGGAGGAGUUACGACUCGCCGCCCGACCAGAACCAGGCCCGGGCGAACGGCGCGUAGCGUACCGCGCGUGCCUCUUAGAGCCAACAGACCACCACAGACGGGGCCCUAAAGGACUGAUGUUCAGCCAGGGUUGCGGGGUAAGCGCAAUGAGGCACCGCGACCUCGGCCCAGAGCAGGAGAAGGAACAGGGGGAACUUCCAAGUAAGCCUGUCAUCUUUGAUGAGUACGGGAAAGAAAUAUCAGGAACUGCUGGUCCUUACCACGAAGGAGGAGAAUUCAAGCUGAUAUGCUCCGUUAAAGGAGGUUACCCGACGCCUCGGAUUCAGUGGCUACAAGGUGAUACCGUGUUGGCCACGUUGAGCGCUGGCGAAUAUUCACCACCAACAAGAUCGUUGACCUUGGUCAUCAGAAAUGCCACGAGAGCGCAUUUAGCAGCCUUAUAUACUUGCACUGCUGAUAACACUUUAUUAGCUGCACCACAGAAGACUACUGUGAAAAUUGAUUUGUUUUACUUUCUAUUGCACUUAAGUUACAGCGUCCUCGGAGUUAAGUUAUCGACGUUCCUCUCCAACAGAGUCCGGCCGACUGACACAACUUUGCCGUUCACGCUGACUUAA